AUGCACUUAUUUCGAUCGAUAUUGGUUGCCGUCCUAGCCGUAACACCCGUCACAGUUUCCGCGUUAAAGCCCUUCCGGAAAGAGUUGCAAAAGGUGCCGCCGCUGCAAUCGAAACAGAAGUCUCACGACGUCAAAUACUUCCACGAGCCCGGCGGUGAUCUGGAGCUCGGCCACUAUGACAUCCGGUACUUCAAGCAAAAGGUGCCGUACGAACAACAUAGGCCGGCGCUCCAACAUUUAAUCAGGUCGUACCUGACGACCUUCCGGUCUCUAGGAGUCGAGACGUGGCUGGCGCACGGCACGCUGCUGGGCUGGUGGUGGAACGGGCGUAUCAUGCCGUGGGACUACGACCUGGACGUGCAAGUGUCGGCGGCGACGCUGCACUACCUGGGCAAGAACCUGAACCGGACGAUACACGAGUACGAGUACUUCGACGAGAAGGGCGCCAAGAAGACCAAGGAGUACCUGCUCGACAUCAACCCUCACCACAGCGACGUCGGCCGCGGCGACGGCCAGAACGUCAUCGACGCCCGCUGGAUCGACAUCAGCAACGGCAUGUUCAUCGAUAUCACGGGACUGGCCGAGCGCCAGCCGAGCGGGAGCCCCGGCGUCUGGAGCUGUAAGAACUUCCACCGGUACCGCACGACGGAGUUGUACCCCAUGCGCCAGACCGAAUUCGAGGGAGUCCCGGCGACGAUUCCGUAUGCGUUUGACCGCAUCUUGACUGACGAGUACGGCACCAAAAGUCUGGUGACGACUGAAUGGGAAGGUCACCGCUGGGAACCGGAACUGAAGGAAUGGGUCAAGACGCCGAAGGACCAGAAGACUGUGCAGAAGACCAGUCCGUUCGUGGACAGCAAGAACCAUUAA